AUGCCGAGGGCGCUGUGGGAUGUCGGGGCUGCCCUCACCUGCCUCCAGCUCCUGCUGCUUCUCGCCGGUGUGGAGCUGAGGCCCCAUCCGUGGGACGAGGACAGAUUCCAGCUAGAAGCCAUCAAAAAAGGGAUCCUGGAGCGGUUGGGGAUGCCUGCGCCCCCCGUGAUCCGGCACCCGCUGGACCUGGAGAGCAUCCAGAGAGCGCAGCAGCUGUACCAGCAGAAAGUGGCCGAGCUGACGAGGAACCGGAGCCAGGAGGAGGAGGGAACCGUGGCCAGGACACGGCGCAUGCAUCGUCUGACCCCCACAUUACUGCGCCGGCUGGACAUACCCCGGGAAAACCAGGACCCCCCGGGACACCAGGACCCCCAGGGUCACCAGGACCCCCGUGGUCCCUACCGCUACCAUCUCCUCCUUUCCCGCACCGAGGUUUUCCACCGACAGCUCCGGGUGGUGCAGGCGGAGCUGAAGCUCUUCAAGCAGUCACUGGCAUCCCCCGGCGUGUCCCUGCUCAACACCUCAGCGCCCCCCCGGGUCAGCAUCUACACGCUGGAGGGAGCUCACGGGACCCCCCAACUCCUGCAGAACCAAGAGCUGGACCGUGACGCCCCAAGCCUGGACCUCACGGCAGCCGUCCAGCCGUGGGCUGCCAGUUCCGAGGACACGCUACGCCUGGAGUUGGCCUUCACGGCCGACGUCUCAGCCUUGCUGGCCACCUCGGGGGGUGAGACGUUGGUGCUGGAGGUGGAAACCCAUGAGACCACAAGACGGGGAGGCAGGAGAGCCCGGGGGCUGGAGGAGGAGUGCGGGAAGAGCGAUGGGAAGUGUUGCCUCAAGUCGCUCAAGGUCUCCUUCCAGGACAUCGGCUGGUCGGACUGGGUCAUCGCCCCCAACAGCUACUACAUGAGGUUCUGCGAAGGUUCCUGUCCUCACAACUACAAGCCGGCCAGCAUGCAUGCCCAGAUCAAAGCCCGCAUGCACUCCCUCUCCAAAGCCACCCCGCCGCCCUGCUGCGUCCCCGCCGGCUACGACCCCAUGGUGCUGAUGCACUACGACGGCGAGGGCAGGCUGGUCUCCACCCUCUUCGAGGACAUGCUGGUCACCCGGUGCCACUGUGCCUGA